AUGCAAGAUGGGGAACGGACAGCGGUAGGCCUCAAAAACUCACCCCGCCUGCCUCCAUCCUCCUCUUUUCCCGCCCGACGUUCCCUCCAGGCUUUAAGGAAACGUCAGGUGGAAAGUUUCAACCAGCAGGAGGAAGUUGCGAGGCAGCUUCGCAUCCAGGCAGAGCGGGACGAGGUGGCGAGGAUCGGGUGGAAGCGGGCGGCGAAGAAGCUUCUGGGAAGGCUCCGCGGCAGCCAGUGGGACCCUCUGCCCGGUGCUGACGUGGACUUUGCGGAUUUCUGGGCGCUGCUGCAGAUGGGGAGGGUCAAAUUUGUGAAUUACGGCGAUAACGGCCGGUUUGUGGAAGGUGGGUUAGGUGGAAGGUUAAAUUUUGGAUUGGAUGGACGGAUUGAAGAUAGCGGAUUUCUGGGCGCUGCUGCAGAUGGGGAGGGUGAAGAUUCUCCCCCACCCACCCUGCCAAGGACCUUGGGGCUGGAGGUGAAGCGGGGAGAUGUGGGGGGAAAGAAGGGAGGCGCGGCAAUGAGCGUCUGGCAAGCCAGUCGAAUCGAAUCAAUUCCCUGUCUCCCUGUAUUUCCCCCUUUGUCUCCCCACCCGCCAGUGAUUCUCCCCCACCCACCCUGCCAAGGACCUUGGGCUGGAGGUGAAGCGGGGAGAUGGUGUGAGGAAGAGGGGGUUCUCCCCCACCCUGCCAAAGACUUGGGGCUGGAGGUGAAGCGGGGAGAUGGGGCGAGGAGGAAGAGGUGUGAUUCUCCCGCAUCCUGCCAAGGACCUGGGGCUGGAGGUCUUAAGGGGGUUGUGGGUCGGAAGGGAUGGUGGGGAGGAGCUGACGGGGAGGAGGCGGGGGAAGAGGCUGGGGCAGUGGGGCACAUGGGCCUUCCAGACCAGGUCGUGUGGUUGAAGCACAGGGUGGUGUGGUUGAAGCACAGGGUGCGCCACAUGCCAGCAGACGUGCACUCCGAGCUCUGGUCCCUCCUGCGCACCCAACUCGCCCACGUCACCCUCACCAACCGCCCCUCCGCCUUCCCCCCCGCGCCCUUCACCACCCCUUCAACCCUCUCCUCUUCCACCACCGCCGCCCCCACCGCCCUCCCCUCCCCCUCCUCCUCCUCCUCCCUCUUCCCGUCCCUCCUCCCUGCCUCCUCCGCCGGUCUCCUAGGCAGCACAGUAGGGACAAUGCAGCUGGCGGCAACUUGGGGGUUGAGACUGGCGUUGGCGUGUGGGCUGUAUGUGGGGCUAGAGAGGGUGCUGUUUCCGCUGUACCAGCCGACUAAGCUGGAGGAGCGGCCGAGAAGCAGCCACAGGAAGCUCACUGCCGUGCUGAACCCUGACCUGGGGACCAUGGGGCAGAGCAGGGCACGGUAUAUCUCAGCAGAGGAGAAGACGGGAAUCACGUUUGACGAUUUCGCCGGGCAGGAUUACGUGAAGAGAGAGCUGCAGGAGGUGGUGCGGAUCCUUCGGGCAGCCAAAGAAUUCGAGGACCUGGGCGUGUACUGCCCGAAGGGCGUGCUUCUUUUUGGCCCGCCCGGAACCGGAAAAACGCUGCUGGCGAAGGCUAUUGCUGGAGAGGCUGGGGUGCCGUUUUUCUCUGUCUCUGGGGCUGAGUUUGUAGAGAUGUUUGCAGGAGUGGCAGCCUCAAGAGUCAAGGAUCUCUUCUUCAGAGCGCGCCAAUUUGCGCCGGCCAUCAUCUUCAUUGAUGAGAUCGAUGCCAUCGGGUCCAAGCGAGGCACGGCCAGCGACCAGGGCGGGGGCAAUAUUGAGCGGGAGCAGGGGCUGAUUCAGAUCCUCACAGAGCUGGAUGGAUUUCAGGAGAACCAGGCCAAGGUGCUGGUGAUCGGCGCCACCAACCGCCUGGACAUGCUGGACCCUGCUCUGCUGCGCAAGGGGCGGUUUGACAAGGUGGUGCGCGUGGGUCUGCCCACAGAGGAGGGGCGGUUCUCAGUGCUCAAGGUGCAUGCGCGCAGCAAGGCGUUCAAGUCGGAAGAGGAGAAGCUGAAGCUCCUGAGGGAGAUAGCUGCUGCUACACCCGACUACAGUGGAGCCGAGCUCAUGAAUAUUCUCAAUGAGGCAGCCAUUUUAGCGAUUCGGAAGGACAAGGACGAGAUUGAGAGGGAGGAGCUGCUUCAGGCCAUUGACCGGCAAGCCGGCGAGUUCAAGACAGGAGAGGAGGAUGUGUUGGAUAGCCGGGAGGUGCGCAUGAGAGCAGCUUAUCGAGAGGCCUCCAUCGCUGUUCUCGAGUGCGCCCUGCCGGACAGUUCAGGGCCGAUCAAGCGGACCUCGCUUGACAAUGUGGAUCCUCUCCCCAACAUGGAGCAUGAGAGGGUGCGCCACCGCUGCUUUGCCGUCAAGCAGGACAUGCUCGAUGCAAUCGUGCGCGCCUUUGCACCUGCUAUAAUGGAGCGCAUGGUGUUUGGGGCAGCAAACGUGAGCUGGCAGGCAGGCGUAGCGUACAGAGAGGCAGUGCAACUGGCAGACUACGUGAUUCUGAGGAGCGGCAUGAGCGCUCUGGGGAAGGUGGUUUACGAGACACAGAAGGACCUCAUGCCGCACCUCAUUCCCAAGGUCAUCGCUCUAAGGGAAGAGUACAUGCGCUACUCCAAGGCGAAAUGCGAGGCUGUUCUUAAAGAGUACAGAUCGGCUGUAGACACAAUCGCAGAGCGUCUGUUGGAGGAGGGCGAGGUGACAGGAGACACCAUUCACAGCAUCUAUGAUGCUGCUCCCAAGUUCCCCCAGCAUGUCUAUGGUGGGGCAUUCACGGCGCCUCCCUCCCCGGGCGAGUCACCUUCCUCCCGGGCCACUCCGGCUACGCCACCUUUGGAGCCCCUCUUUCCACCCUUCCUAAUUCUUCCUUCUCCCACCCGCCCUUUUCAAUUUCCCCAUUCUCCCUGCUUUCGGGACCUUUCCCCCCCACCUCUCCCCCACACAAACACUAACCAGCCCCCAGUGCGACCAAUAGACGAGUACGCAGUGCUGGUGCACACUGGCAGGUGGGGCAUUCACGGCGCCUCCCUGCCCGGGCGAGCCACCUUCCACCCGGGCAACUCGGGCUACGCCAACUUUGGAGCGCCCCUCUUUCCACCCAUUCUUCCAUCUUGUUCCCCUUGCCCUCUCCAUUCACUCUUGCGACCAAUAGACGAGUACGCAGUGCUAGUGCACACCGGCAGGUGGGGCAUUCACGGCGCAUCCCUCCCCGGCCGAGCCACCUUCCACCCGGGCAACUCCGGCUACGCCACCUUUGGAGCGCCCAGGCCGCAGCAGGUGCAGGCGGAAGGGAGGGUGGUGGAGGGCAUGUGGAGGGAGCGCAUUGCAGAGCUGCGGCAGAUGGAUGAGGAGGACGAGGAGGAGCGCGAGCAGCAGCUGCUGCUGCCUGAUUUGAUGGAUGAGGAGGAUGAGGAGCAGCGCGAGCAGCAGCUGCUGCUGCCUGAUCUGGUGCUCUAG